UAUAGGAGAUAGUAUAGUAGAUAGAUAGAAACCUCUUGAUCAGAAAGUUCUGUCAUAUUUUAUGUUCAAGAUAUACGCAGCUGGACUGCGACGUUUAGCAAUGUCUGCGGUACAAAAAUUUGAAGUUUUGUUUGUGUUAGGUGGGCCAGGUGCAGGUAAAGGUACGUUAUGUCGUCUUUUAUCCGAGAAGUAUGGUUAUGUUCACUUGUCGGCCGGUGAUCUCUUGCGAGAAGAGAGAACCAAGCCCGGUUCGGAAUUUGGCGAGCUUAUCGAAAAUCAUCUUAAAAAUGGAAGCAUUGUUCCGGUGGAAAUUACUUGUUCUCUAUUGAAUCGUGCCAUGGAAGUAUCUAAGGCAUCGAAAAAAAGAUUUCUCAUCGAUGGUUUUCCACGAAACGAAGAUAAUUUAACUGGUUGGAACAAGGUCAUGUCCGAUAAGGUGCUCCUGAAAGGAGUGCUAUUCUGUCAAUGUUCCAAAGAAGUUUGUAGUCAGAGAUGUCUUGAUCGUGGAGCCAAAGGUAGCGGGCGUAGCGACGACAAUUCAGAAACCCUUAUAAAGAGGCACGAAGUUUACAUAAAUAAUACAUUACCGAUAAUAGAGCAUUAUGAAAAGCAGGGCCUGGUAUUUAAGUUCGAUUCUAUGAAAGCACCAUUGGAAGUAUUGAAAGAUGUAGAAGAAUUUUUACCUACCAUAGAAUGGUAAAUAACCGUAUACGGUCGAUACUUAGUCUUAGUUGCUAUAUAUCGAUCAUUGAUUUUACAAGCCUCUGUUAAUUAAUAAUAUUGUUAUUAAUAAUAUUUACGAAGAGAAAAAAUAUAUGCUUGACAUAUAAUGAGAAAAAAUUAUAUUACCUUUAUACAAUAUAUUUUUAUCAAUUGGUAUUUUAGGAAUAUUUUAUCAAGAUUAUAUUAUAAUCGUAAUUUUAGAACGAUAUGCUCGCUUUAGAAAUUAUGUGAUCUCCAUGUAACAUUCCUUGAUGCGUAUUAUUGUACAAUUCUAUAGGGAGAGAAUGUGGGAACAAAAGAAAAGUGCUUUUGUUUAAAUUGUUUAACGAUGAUAAGAUCGUAUAGAAUUAUAAAUUCUUUGAUACUGAGCUGUAUACAUAAAAACGAGAUAUUGUUAUAGUACAUAAAUAUUUUUAAAAAAUGUUACCAGAAUGUCAAGUAUGAGAUAUACUUGACAGAAGGACAUAUAACGAUGUAGCUGAUAAAUUAGCAAAUUAUAAAAAUGGGUGUGGAAAUUAUAUAUUAUGGUGGUAAAGAUUUAACAACGA